AUGUGCGGCAUCUUCGGCUAUAUCAAUUAUCUCGUCGAGAGAGACCGUAAAUACAUCAUUGAUACCUUGCUCAAUGGACUCUCCAGACUGGAAUACCGCGGUUACGACUCGGCGGGCUUUGCAGUGGAUGGUGACAAAAAGAACGAAGUUUGCGCUUUCAAGGAAGUUGGUAAGGUCGCGAAACUGAAGGAGCUUAUUGAGGAAUCCAAGCCCGACAUGACGAAGACUUUCGAGUCCCACGCUGGCAUUGCUCACACCCGCUGGGCUACUCACGGAACACCCUCUCGCCAGAAUUGCCACCCUCACCGGUCUGAUCCAAACUGGGAAUUCGCAGUAGUUCACAACGGCAUCAUUACGAACUACAAGGAACUCAAAGCUCUGCUAGAGAGCAAGGGGUUCCGGUUUGAGACGGAAACUGACACCGAAUGUAUUGCGAAGCUUGCGAAAUACUUGUACGACCAGCAGCCCGACAUUGAGUUCACAGUCCUCGCCAAGGCCGUCGUGAAAGAGCUCGAGGGUGCUUUUGGCCUCCUUAUUAAGUCUGUCCAUUACCCACAUGAGGUAAUUGCGGCUCGCAAGGGUUCUCCGCUCGUCAUCGGUGUGAGGACGUCAAAGAAGAUGAAAGUGGACUUCGUUGAUGUGGAGUACUCAGAAGAUGGAGCUCUUCCCGCUGAGCAGGCUUCUCAGAACGUAGCUAUCAAGAAGUCCGCUACCGGACUUCUGGCUCCACCUGAUAAAUCCCUCCUGCACCGGUCGCAGUCGCGUGCGUUUCUCUCCGAUGAUGGCAUCCCUCAGCCGGCAGAGUUUUUCUUGUCUUCUGAUCCCUCUGCGAUCGUUGAGCACACAAAGAAAGUGCUUUAUCUCGAAGAUGAUGACAUCGCCCAUGUCCAUGAAGGUCAACUGAAUAUCCACCGCCUCACGAAGGAUGAUGGUACCUCGAACGUCCGCGCUAUCCAAACCAUUGAGCUUGAGCUUCAGGAAAUCAUGAAGGGCAAAUUCGAUCAUUUCAUGCAGAAGGAAAUUUUUGAACAGCCCGAGUCAGUUGUCAAUACCAUGAGAGGUCGGCUGGAUGUUGCAAACAAGCAAGUCACUCUCGGGGGGCUUCGGCAGUAUAUUUCCACUAUUCGUCGCUGCAGGCGUAUCAUUUUCAUUGCUUGUGGAACCAGUUAUCAUUCAUGCAUGGCCGUACGUGGUGUUUUUGAAGAGCUCACUGAGAUCCCCAUAUCAGUUGAACUUGCCUCGGACUUCUUGGACAGACAGGCGCCUGUUUUCCGGGACGAUACUUGUGUUUUUGUUUCCCAAUCGGGUGAGACCGCCGAUUCGCUUUUGGCUCUUCGCUAUUGCCUUGAACGAGGAGCAUUGACCGUCGGCAUUGUCAAUGUCGUGGGAUCUUCCAUUUCUCUAUUGACCCACUGUGGUGUGCAUAUCAAUGCUGGUCCUGAAAUUGGCGUUGCUUCUACCAAGGCCUAUACGUCCCAGUUCGUUGCCAUGGUCAUGUUCGCACUCUCUCUGAGCGAGGAUCGCGCGUCGAAGCAAAAGCGACGGGAGGAGAUCAUGGACGGUCUUUCCAAAAUCUCUGGACAGUUCAGAGAGAUCCUGAAACUGAAUGAACCCAUCAAACAGAUGUGCGCGAAAUUUUUCAAGGACCAAAAGAGUUUACUUCUUUUGGGCAGAGGCAGUCAAUUCCCCACGGCUCUCGAAGGAGCACUCAAAAUCAAGGAAAUAUCCUAUCUCCAUUGUGAGGCGGUCAUGUCGGGUGAGCUGAAACACGGUGUCCUUGCUUUGGUCGAUGAGAAUCUGCCCAUUAUCAUGAUUCUUACGAGGGACAAUAUCUUCUCAAAAUCUCUGAAUGCUUAUCAGCAGGUGAUUGCUCGCGGUGGUCGCCCUAUUGUGAUCUGUAACCAUGACGACCCAGAGUUCUCUUCCGCCCAGACCGAAAAGAUCGAGGUCCCGAGGACCGUCGACUGUCUGCAAGGUCUUCUCAACGUUAUUCCACUGCAGCUUAUUGCCUACUGGCUUGCUGUUGGAGAGGGACUCAACGUUGAUUUCCCUCGCAACCUCGCAAAAUCGGUCACUGUUGAAUAG